GCCUAGGAAACGGGUCUUGUGGUGAUGACAGACAUUGUAAGCCUGAAUCACAGACAGACUGGAGGCAUGUACACCGAUGAGGCAGUGGUAGCAUUCCAGCCUCUCACAGGCACCUUGGUGGCAGCACUCAAUCCGAGGAUAGUUCCCAGAGUUGAGAAGAGGAAAAGAACUUUCUUUCCAGAAACCUGGAUCUGGCAUUGCCUCAACAUCAGUGACACCACUGGAGAAGCUCGUUUACUUGUCGAGAUCCCAGACUCCAUCACCACCUGGGUAACUGAGGCAGUCAGUCUGUCCCAGGACAGUGGGCUUGGACUUGCUAAAGCCACGGAGCUCCGCACAUUCAAACCUUUCUUUGUAGAUUUCACUCUGCCAUAUCAUGUGAUCCGUGGGGAACAAACCAAGAUCCCAGUGACUGUUUACAACUACCUUCCGAGCUGUGCCGAGGUUCAUGUGAAGAUCACCGUUCCUAAAGGAAUCAAAUUCAUUGGUCACCAGGGGAAACGGCACCUGACUAGGAAGAUGUGCAUCAGCUCCGAGGAAACGAAACUGACCUCCAUCGUCCUGUCGUUCAGUGAACUGGGCCCUGCCAAUAUCACAGCCAAAGCGUUUGCUUACAGUGAGAGCAGCUGCUGUGAGGGAGGGCUACACAGCCUGAAGAACAGCAAGUACCUGGAGGAGAGCUACACAGACAGGAGGAGCCCAGCUGGGAUGGACUAUGUGAAGAGACAAGUGCUGGUGGAGCCUGAAGGAUUGCCCAGGGAGUACACCUACAGUGUCUUCUUCUGUCCCAAUGAAAAGAUUCACAUUUCCACUCCGAACAAGUAUGAGUACCAGUACAUUCAGAAACCAGCCAAGAAGGUGCACUUUGACGUAGCUGUGAAGGCACAUAAUGAUGCUCAUUUUGCCUUGUCGAUGGGACCUCGUGACACAGCAGAAAUGGUUGAGAUUGUGAUCGGAGGACGGCAGAACACAAAGACAUGGAUUGCGGUGAGCAAGAUGGGUGAGCCGGUGGUCAGUGCAAACACUCCUCAGAUCCUGUCCUGGGAUGAGUUCCGAAACUUCUGGAUUUCCUGGAAGACUGGCAUUGUCCAGGUGGGGCACGGUUUAAAACCAUCAAACCAGUCCCUGAUUGUGGAGUGGGCGGUCACUAGACUCCUCGAGAUCAAUUACAUCGGCUUUUCAACUGGAUGGGGCUCAGUGGGAGAAUUCAAAAUCUGGAGGAAAGAGGAAUCGGAUGAAAACCACAACGAAGCCUUCACUCUUGGAGUGCCUCACAAUGUCGUCCCUGGGUCUGAGAGAGCGACUGCGUCCAUGAUAGGUGAUGUGAUGGGUCCAACACUGAAUAAUCUGGACACCUUGCUCCGCCUCCCCUUCGGGUGUGGGGAGCAGAACAUGAUCCACUUUGCUCCGAAUGUCUUUGUGCUAAAAUACUUGCAGAAGACAAAGCAGCUGUUCCCAGAGGUGGAGAGUGAGGCUACGGAUUACCUGCUGCAAGGAUAUCAACGCCAGCUGACAUACAAGAGGGAGGAUGGAUCGUACAGUGCAUUUGGUGAGAGGGAUUCUUCUGGGAGCAUGUGGUGCGUGCAUUUAUUCAGUCUCUAUGAAUACGAGGGGGUGAGAUUACAAUGGGGGAGAAUUCGCAUUCCCUCUUUGCACUGAGAGGAUUUGAAAAUCGAGCAAGGCAUCCCAGGUCAGCAGAUCCAGCAUCUGUCCCCAUCACAAACUCAUCUCCCAAAGCCCCCAUCCUAGAGACUCUGUUCUACUACAUUCUUCCUCUGUUCAUGUUAAAUUCAAGGCAAGGGGAGAACUGAGCAGUGUGGGAGAUCCACAGUUUGAGACCUUGGGAGUUUAAGAGUGAUACCCAGGGAUUAGACAGAAGGUGGGACAUUGUGUUUCACAGGGGUCUCUGGAUUCAUCAUUUACAGAAACAUGUUAUAGUGUAAUGCAAUAAUAUGGAAAUUAGGGGCAGAAACAUCAAAACCAAGAUAUAGGCUACAGUUAAUCCAGUGGAGGAUUGUGACAAAGAAUUAAACAACUUGUAAAGAAAAUAACAAAUGAAUAACUCGCAGAAUGAAUGUGCCGUUAGCAAAUAGAUAUUAGUCUGGGGAACUGAGCAAUAGUGCACUUUGAAGGAGGAAUCAGAGCCAUAAUCUCCUUGAGAACUGUGGAGUGGAAAGGGGCAGAGAGACCAGGGAUUUCAGAAUCACAAAUCACUGAAAGAGCCAAGCCAAUGGUGGGAAUGAUUUCUUCAGGGAAAGAAUUCAAACGUGGAGAAGUCAUGUUAAACUUGUAUAAGACUGAAGGCUUGCCACCAAGUCACCCUUCAGUUACACGUGUACAAUACACAGAUCUGACCAGCCAGCUCCGAGCUAGUCCCGAGAGUGAGGAGUCUCCCAGAGACCCCUGUUACAGAGGAACCUCGAUAAUCCGAAGGAUGCGGGUGGGGAGUAUUUAGCUCGGUUAAUUGAAUUCCAGACAAUCGAAUGUCGGAUAACCUUGUUUAGCCGAGCAUUGGGACCUUGCAAUCUUGCCGAAUAAUCCGAUAUUCGGAUAAUCGAAUGCCGGAUAAUC